UCGGUGAGCCGCCACCGUAAAUCUCUCCUCUCUCUACUCACCGCAUGGAUGGCGGUGUUCUUGCCGAGCGGUAUAAGGGGUCACCGCAUGGGGUUGCCGAAGGCACCCCGUGCACCCUAAAACGACAUUUCUCUUCGUUCUCCUACACUUCAUAUCACCUGCACAUCACAAAUCAACAAAGACAUUGAAAAAACCUUAAAAUUUAAAACCCUAGCUCCAGCGAUUAUCGGCAAUCUUCCGGAUGCUUCUCCGCCUCCGAUAGUCGCCCUCUGUUUCAACAGUGGCUUCCGGUUUACUAGAAGAAGAAAGCGCAAUGAGUUUUUCCCAUACGAAGACGAAGAAGUAAGCGCUACGAAGUUUCGCGUAGUGGUGAGCAAGCAGCAACGACAACCAAAACAACCUGAAACGGCGGUAAUUUGGGGAUUCGGCGUACUUUCACGAUGUUGCAAACUAUGCAGUUAAUCUCGGCGAUAUAUCGGUGAUAUAUCACCGAUAUCUCGGUUAUCGGACCUCCACAAGAAUAUCGGUUUAAAAUCUCGGUAAUAAUCUCGGUCCUGAUAAUAUCGGUGAUAUAUACCGAUAUAUCGCCGAUAUUUUGUAUAUGUUAUAUCGGUCGUCUCGCCGAGAAUCUCGGUUGGGCCAAUUUUUACAUUUUUCUUUAUAUCAUGCCCGGAACAUCAAUUUGCUUGAAUUCGAAGCGCGUAUUCAAAUACAUCGGAACAUCGAACCGAACCGAAAUUGGAAAGUCACUAAUUUGUAAAGUGCCUCCAAUCUCGAUUCUGGAUGCGUAUUCAUGAAAUCAAGCCUUGGGAUGAAGCAUUUAAUGAAAGAGAUGAAGAACAGAGGUACUUGAGAGGGAGCGGCUGCAAUAGGAUGUGGUUUGAGAGUAAACCCUAAUUUUUUAGAACGUGUCUUCUAAGUUGUGAGCCCAUAAUUGUUUUUCAGAAUGGCCGUAUAAGUUCAUAAAGUUGGAUAAUGGGCUUAAAUAGUAUUAUUUGGGCCUAAUUUUAACAUCAGACCUUAAGUUAGUUAUAAAAAAUGAUGUAAAAAAUAGCACGAAGUUUAACUGGUACUAGACUUCUAGUAUAUUAUAAAUUACCGAUAUUCCACCGAUAUCUCACCACGAUAAACGAUAUCUCAAAUAUCGGUCCUUGACCGAUAACCGAUAUUUUUCCGCAUUAACUGCAUAGGUUGCAAAUUUAGCCCAUGACUUUGGAUCUGAAAAAAGGUAGAAUAUAAAGAAAAGCAGAUCAACAAGAUUUCUGAAAAGAAAACCGUUAGGUUAUUUAAGGUCGAUCAUACAGAAAAGUAGUUCGAGUGAUGAGGAUGUUAGUGAUCACUAACAUGAUUAUUAUAUCAAUAUGCAUAAACCAUGGAUGUGUAAAAAGAGCAUACCCUUGAGAAAUCUGUAGCUGGAUCUUCCUCGACUAGAUUCCUGGCUAAAUCGGGUGAAAGCAUGCGGCCAAACCACACAACAAAACGAAAGCCGUCAUCAAAUAUAUAAAUUCCUCUACAAUCUAAGCUCUCAGCAACAAGUGGCGGCCUUUUACAAACUCUGUCAAAUUCAUCUUCCACAGCAGGCGCCUACAAGUAUACAAAUUCUUCAGUACGAGACUCUCAAGUUGGAAUAUAAACAUCAGUAGAGGUGGCAAAUGAGCAUGGGUCCGUAACAGGUCAAAAUAGGUGGCAAAUGGGCAUGGGUCAGUAACAGGUCAAAAUACAUUUUGACCCAUAUGGCUCAUUAACAAAAAAACACAUAAUUUGAAUUGACCCUUUUAUAACCAACUGGGCCAAAAUUGCCACCUUUCGACAGAGCGAACAAGAAACUCAGUAUGUGCGAACACAACUUACCUUGACAAGAUACUCGUCUACUCUUAAUAAGCUAGGAUAUAAGAGAGCUUUAACAUUUUUUAACAGGUAAAGCCAUCAUGGUGAAGCCUGCUGCACAACGUUCAUCAAGCUGAGCAUGAGCAUAACCACCACGAAGUGCUGUUGAUUUACAUAGUGAUAAUCCAUAUAAGGGCAAAUAUUUGAGUGAUUCUGGGUAGAUCAUCGUGCUUCCUACACGAUGCUGCACUGAAUAUAGUCUUUCGAUAUUCUUUCAGGCCUUUCACUAUUUUUUGUUGAACAGCAUUACGAGCAUCUUCCAAUUUAUAUGAUAAUGAUUUCUCGAUUGCUGCAAGAUAAUUAGUUCAUCAUUUAGUGAUAGAUAUGUUAAGCAUGGGUAUAAAGUCAAAAUGAUCAUUAGCAGGGCAAAUGGUAGAGGUUAAAUGGGGUCGAGUCCCAACACUUUUCUUAGUGUGUCAUAUAUGAUUGAGAUUACUAUUUAAAGUACAUGGAUGGUCCCCGUGGUUUACCAAAUUUUGGAUUUGGUCCCUAGCUUUCCAAAAGUACACAAAUCAUCCCUGUGGUUUGCACUUUGUAACGCAUCUAUGCCCUUAGGCAAUUUGGUUAUACAUUGCUCUAUUAUGCUCCAUUUUCUUUAUUUUGUCUCACUAGCUUCUCAUGUCUAAUCAUAUGUCUAAUAUAGUUUGGUAAUUUGGUGUUAGAAUUACCACAUAUGUAGUGCUAAGAAUUGUAAAUACUCAUGUUGUGUGUUGCAGAAUCAAUUACGUUUAGGUUCUCUAUUGUUUUUGCGGGUCGUUAAAGGCACUAUACAUGUUAUCCGUUCAAUUUUUGCGAUGUGCCCGCGCCGCAACGCGCGCGGGUAUGUUUACUAGUUGAUUCAAAGCUGCAAUUCUGCCGCCGAUUGAAAUUAAAAAAGUCUGCAUUGAUAUUAUAAUUGUGAAAUCAAAUCAAAUCUUUUAGAUGUUAUCUAAUGGCACCUCAUAACUUUGGAUGGCACAGCCAGCCGUUAACAAUGAAUGUUCUUCGUAAGCUCGGUCGAUACCAUGGGCUGCUGCUUCUCCUAACAUCCAUACUAUUAUUAUAUCUUUGCCUCUUUGGAUGUCUUUGUUAGCGUUACAUUAUCCAUGACUCAUCUCUUAAUACCACAAGACAUGAUCAAAGAAGAAGAUGAGAUGGGCGGCCCCAAUAAGAAGAACCGGACAUGAUAUAUGAGGCGAGAGAUUCAGAAAGAAAUUGAGCAGAUCAGGAGGUAAACCUAGCAGCUCCAAAAAGAAGCUCAAAUUUGAAGAUCUGGCCUCCAACAACCCACGACCCGCCAUGCCUGCCUAACAAAUUUUAUUUAUUGUCAUGUUUUCCAUGCUUAAUGUCUAGAAUUUCAAUUAAUUAAUUUAAACCCAUACAUACAGCCAUACAGGUACCGUCUAGGAGUUUGUAAUUGUUAUUUAAGAUUGUUUUGAAUGUUGUUCUUCUUUGAGCUCAACUGUAUAACUCGAUAGAGCAAGUGAAGUAUUUGUUGGGGGUGUAUCUGUAGUAGCUAGCAAGUGGUCCUGCAGCCCGUUUUGGGUGGUGCGACUGUAACCUAACUAGCCGUAGAUUCUUUCAUUUGAAUUCCGAGUUUAGUUUAUAACAGAGGUCAUACUCAACCAGGGAUCGUUUAUCAUGGCUAUGGCCCAUCCUAUCCUGAGCCCACUAAGGUUUUACCACCCCACCAUGUUCUGCCCAUCCUAUCAUUAAGUUUUUCUGAUCUCUAUAUGCAUUGCUACUGCUCCUACUAAAGAUUGAUUCUUUCAGAAUCCACACCACGAGGGCGAUUCGAAGUUCCAAGAUUUGAUGAUUGGCGCGUCGGUUAUGGGUAAUCUUCGCAAAUUAGGGUAAUCCGAUGUUUCAAUUGAAGAUUACAGCCUACAACCUACAGAUCAAGAAGAUUGAAAACACAACAAACAGGCAGGUUACUUUCUCAAAACGAAGAAAUGGGAUCAUCAAGAAAGCUUAUGAACUAUCUGUUCUGUGUGAUGUGGAUGUUGCUCUCAUCUUGUUUUCGCCCGCUGGAAAGGCUAGCAUUUUCGCUGGAAGUAAAAGUAUCGAAGAAAUUAUGUCACGAUACAUAAAUCUUCCAGAGCAUGAAAGGGGAAGGUUGCAGAACCAAGAGUACCUCGAAAGGGCUCUGGGAAGGUUAAAAAGUGACGCACGAAAUAACCAAGUUCCGAACCAAGCCAGCUCAGCAAGUGGGGAUUCACGACUUGAGGAACUUCAGCAAGAGACCGUCCGAUGCAAGUCCCGUAUGAUUGAAAUGGAGAAGCAGCUAAGGGUGUUCGAAGGGGCUCCUUCUGAAAUUUCAACAUUGGGUGAGGCUGAGUACCGCGAAAAAAUCCUUGAGGAGACUUUAAAACAUGUUCGUGCCCGUAAGCAAGUUCUAGAGAAGUACAACUCUGCAGAUGCACAAUCAUCUUCACAGGCUGCGAUGAAUGUUAACAACGUGGUUACCUCAAACUCAAGCAACGUAUUUGACUGGAUUCCACCAAGAGAUCCACAAGUACAGAUCAUGAAUUUUAUGAACUUCGGUGGGCUUCUUCCCCCAAGACAAACUGAGCAAGUGAACCGUGGUAGUGUGAUGGAGCCUGAUAAUAAUGUUCAGCGCCCCGAGUUUGGACAAAUGAUCGACAUGAACGUCUCCCCUUGGACACUCUAUUAUCCCACUGGUUAACUGGUGUCGUAUUUGGCAGGGAAUGAGCAGAUGGCGAUGCCGCAUCCUGGAGAAAGGGUAUUCAAUGAGACUUUGCUGCCUUAGUUUUCAUCAAAAAGUCAAAAUCAUCGUUUUCGUCUGUCUUAGUACUCGUAUAAUACUCUGUUUGUGUGUGUGUUUUUUUUCUUCAAAUUAUGCUGUAGGAUGAUCUGUAAGCCAAAUAUAUGUUAUGUUAAUAGUAUGCAUGGUUGAUCUAAA